CUGUCUUACUGUAUUUUUGUAUUUUCUUGUUUCUUGUCAUUUGAAUAUUCUCAAUAAAAAUUGUUGAAAAAAAAGAUAAAGAAAAAAAAGAAGUUGGUAGUAGCUAGUUGGGUAGGGACUUCCUGGUUCAAGAUUGGCUGGCUCGAGGUUGGCUGGCUCGCGGUUGGCUGGGUCGUGAUCGGCCGGCCCAUGAUUGGCUAGCCUUUGGUUGGCUGUGUCGUGAUUGGCUGUCUGUAGUCGUCUCCUGGUUCGUGUGAAGUUUUUGUGGGCAACUUUGAGGCCAGCAAAGUUGCUUUUUCUUUUUCCUUUUUUUUAAAAUUUAUUUUUGUACGUCGCCGUUGGACGGCAGCUUGCGGAUGCUUCGGCGACUCUCGAUGGCUUCCAGCCGCUUUUCGUUGCCACUUGUGCGCCAACGCGAGCGUUAGACGCCUUUGGGAUUGUUUAUUUUUUUGUUUUUUUUGGCGGAGGAGGAGGAGGAAAGAGGAAAGAAAAGAUGGACGCGGCGGCGGCGGAGGAGCUCGUGUAGCAGUGGGGCUAAUGAUGCUAAUGCUAAGCUAAGUGUUGCAAAUGCUAAUGCUUAGCGUCCGUCGGAGCUGCUCGGCCGCCGGACGCCCCGUUUGGACUUCCUCGCGUCGGCUUCAAGUUUUUGUUGUGCGCUGAUCUUCACCUUCAUCAUCACCAUCCUCAUCAUUGCUCUGACGAAGGCUGGUGUGCAGAUGAUCGCGCCGCUAACCAUGGAGGAAGACCUUAGACGAGCCGCGCAGGUGCAGUAAGGCAUCAUGGGUAGUAGCUGUUCAAGCUGUCCAGACAAACAGUUGACUGCGGAUACUCAUCAAAGUAAAUUCAAGGUGAUCAAUGUGGACGACGACGGGAACGAGCUGGGCGCCGGCGUGAUGGAGCUGACGGACGGCGAGCUGGUCCUGCACACGCAUCGCCGCGACGACGUCCGCUGGCCGUACCUGUGCCUGCGUCGCUACGGUUACGACUCCAACCUCUUCUCCUUCGAGAGCGGACGCCGCUGUCAAACCGGGCAAGGCAUCUUUGCGUUCAAGUGCGUGCGUGCUGAGGAAAUCUUCAACAUGCUGCAGGAAGUCAUGCACAGUCACAGCAUCAGUGUUGUGGAGGAAGCUGUGUUGGAUUCCAGCCACCAGGGGGCGCCACUCUCCCCUGCAGCCCUGGGCUACUCGGUGCCCACGGUGCCCAACGGCGUGUCGCGGAUCCCGUCAGUGGGCGAGGUCCCCUCCCACCCGUCCAGCCGCCACCCGUCCGUGGCCAGCACCCGCCUGCCGUCGGUGGGCGAGGAGUCCACGCACCCCCUGCUGGUGGCCGACGAAAGCGUAAGUGCGCCGCCCCCGCGCAGCCCCAGAGUCUCUGCGGCGGCUGACGAGCGCCGCGACUGCUUCCAGGCGCACACGUACGUGAACACGGCGCGUCUGCUGGAUGAGGCGCCGCCCGGCAGUCCGCCGCCGGAGAGCCCCGCCUCCCCGGUGGCCCGACGCCCGCCCACUCCUCCGCAGGCGUCCGACGCCUUAGAGCCGCGGGUGCUGCUGGAGCCGCAAGGCGUGCGCUUCGUGCUGGGCCCCACCCCGGUUCAGCGGCGGCUGCGGGAGGCGGGAGAGACGCGAGAGAGCGACAUCCACGCCGACGGCGAGCCGGGCACCCCGCGCUCUGACAGCCCGGCGGUCAACCCGCCCCCGGCGCACCGCUGCCACCGCCCGCCGCCAUUGACCCCCGACCCGCAGAAUGUCAACAACUCUGCGCAGCGGCGCACCGCGUUGCUGGACUACGAGAACCUGCCAGCGCUGCCGCCCGUGUGGGAAGCCCGCAAGUCAAGCUGGGAGGACGAGGAGGGCGGCGGCGGCGGCGGCGGCGGCCUUAAGACGCUUAACGGCUUCAACUACCCUCACGGUCCACCGUCGGCCGCCCUGGAGCCCUCGCACAACUACGUCAACACGGAGAACGUGACAGCUCCCCUCAGCGUCCACCGGCCUGACACGGCGCGCCGCCACCCCGACGGACCCACCGUCUUCAACUUUGACUUCCGCCGGCCGCCGGGCGUCGGAGAGCAGCCUAAGAUGCUCAACUACAUCGAGGUGGAGAUGGACAACCGGGGCACCUCCGACGGCAGUGACCCCCAUACGCCCCGCACCCCCUCCUCGCCCCCGCCGCCCGGCACCCCCACGCGUCGCACCGAGCUCUACGCCCUCAUCGACAUCGAGCGCACGGCCGCCAUGUCCAACCUGCAGAAGGCGCGGCCGCGGGACGACGGGACCUCGCGCAAGACACGCCACAACAGCACCGAGCUGCCCACCAAAAGCGCCGCGUGACAACGACGCUGUCCCGGAAACUUUGACUUUGUUGUCCUUCUUCUUCUAUGGUACAAAUCAGUAUUACUGAAGCAAGCAUUCCAUUGAGCUCUUUUCAUGCUGCUGUAACUUCCAGGUACACAACUUUUUUUGAUUCCGCCACAAUAAAAGUAUCUUCUGUUUGUA